GGGGUUGCUUGGGACCCGGAAGUGGAAAUGCGCACGCCCCGGAAGCGCUAAAGGGUGGCGGUUGCUCUAAGGUGGACGGCUGGCUAGGCCUUCGUGGGUGACUGAGCCCGGCUGUCGUUGUUGCCGCUGCCAUGUUUCUGACCGUGGCCAAUUUGGCCAAGAGCAAAUCAAAGUAUAUCCUUGUGAGGAUGUUGAGUGAAGCAGGAACAGGUUUUGCUUACAACACGAUAAGAAGCCGACUUGCAGAAAAGUUAGUUAGAUUGAGAUACGAUCCUAUAGUUAAACAGCGUGUCCUCUUCAAAGAGCUGAAAAAGGUCCGUUCCCUGUAGACGACAACUGGCAAAAAUUAUUGAUUCAUACAUGAGGCACACUCAUAGGAGGAAAUGCUAGCCCCGCAGUGUUCUCAGAAAGGAGAGGAAAUGGACUGAGAUGGCUGUCUCCUGUAAUUUGAAGACCAUUGUGAAAGAGAACAAUGUAGGAAAAGAAAGUUUUUGGUGUCUAGCCAUGGAUCAUCAUAGGCAGCAACAUAUUUAUAGUUAAUUUUACAGCUCUCAAUUAAAAAAAAAAUCGAA